AUAUUUCAGUAGGGAUUUUAGUGGAGCCUAGGCUACUGUAUUGUUUUCUAUUUUCAGUAGGCCUAUAACAUUUCAGUGAUGCAGUAGAAUUGUAGCAGACUAAAAUCUCGCCGUAAGCGAUCAACUCCAGCAUCGUGCUUCCAAAACAAUAUUUAUUUGCGUCAUGCCGACGCUGGUAGUGACGACCUGCUCCACUACACGCCUCCUAUCUUACCUUUCCUCCCCACUCUUCAUCAACUCUCCCAUCAGGACCACAUGGAUGUGACGCGUUGAUACACAACACCCUGGAGAACAACUUUAUCCAGCAGCCAGCGUUAUAUUUGGGAGUGGUUGUGGAUAACCAACGCGGCAGUAACUCCGAACUGAGGGGGGUGGGGUGGGAACAUUAGUUAAGUGUGUUUGUGUUUUCUUGUUUUGAGGCAUCAAAUACUACUAAGCAGCCCUGUCCUGUGUUGUAUUUCCCAUAUGUCGCGCAAACAGGUCGACCAUGACUACAAUCUCCGUAGUAUGAGCAACCUGAUGGGCGAGCGUUGGAAGAAAGUGAGCGACGGGGGAGAGCGGAGUCUGAUCAAGGCUCCGUCCAGCGCCAGCCUCAGCAGCCAGGGCGCCUCCGCCGCGACCUCCACCGCAGGUGCGCCAGCAGCACCCCCCACCUCCACCGGGGACCUGGAGAGGGCUGCCCGCAAGCAGUUCCAGCAGGAUGUCACGCCCGGCUUCGUCUACGUCCUGGCCGCGUUCUCCGCCCUGGGGGGCUUCUUGUUCGGCUACGACACCGGGGUGAUCUCCGGGGCGAUGCUCCUGCUGAAGAGGGAGCUGGACCUUAGCGCUCUGUGGCAAGAGCUGCUCAUUUCAAGUACUGUGGCCGCGGCCGCCCUGUCUGCCCUGCUGGGCGGCUUCCUCAACGGGCUCUUCGGGCGCAGAGUGUGCAUACUGCUGGCCAGCUUCUUCUUCUCCGUCGGUGGGAUCGUGCUGAGCACCGCCCCUGGCAAAGAGGUUCUCCUGGCGGGGAGGCUCAUCGUCGGAGUGGGGCUUGGAAUUGCCUCUAUGACGGUGCCAGUGUACAUCGCUGAGGCCUCUCCGCCCCACCUCAGGGGUCAGCUGGUGACGGUUAACACCCUCUUCAUUACCGGUGGACAGUUCACCGCCAGCCUCAUCGACGGCGCCUUCAGCUACCUGCACCACAAUGGGUGGAGGUACAUGUUGGGUCUGUCGGUGCUUCCCGCCGUGCUCCAGUUUGUGGGAUUCCUGUUCCUGCCGGAGAGCCCUCGCUGGUUAAUCCAGCAUGGGCUGACCCAGAAGGCCCGCCGCGUGCUCAGUCAUAUCCGAGGGAACCAGAACAUUGACGAGGAGUACGACAGCAUCAAGAACAGCAUCGAUGAGGAGGACAGCGGAGGAGAUGGCCCUGUGAUCUGGCGAAUGCUGACCUACCCCCCCACUCGGCGAGCCCUCCUGGUUGGCUGUGGUCUUCAGAUGUUUCAGCAACUUUCAGGAAUCAACACGGUCAUGUACUACAGCGCCACCAUCCUGCAGAUGUCAGGAGUGCGGGACGACAGGCUGGCGAUCUGGCUGGCUGGACUCACCACCCUCACCAACUUCCUGUUUACCCUGCUGGGAGUGUGGCUGGUGGAGAGAGUGGGGCGCAGGAAGCUCACCUUGGGCAGUAUCAUAGGCACCUGUUUGAGUUUGAGUCUGCUGGCCAUCGGUUUUCUGAUGUCUGCCCAGCACAGUCCUCCUGUCACCUUCCACCCGUUAGACCCAUCAGUGGCCAACUCUACCUGCUCCAAAUACCAGCUGUGUGAGCCAUGCAUGCUGGACCCUGGAUGCGGUUUCUGUUACCGUGAGAACAGCUCAGCGCUCCUCGCCUCCUCCUGUGUACCAGUCAAUAAGGCCUCCACCGAGCAAGCAGCAUGGGGCAGAUGCUCCAACUCCAGCCGGAUGAGAGCUGAGACCUACUGGGCCUACAACUACUGUCCCACCUCCUACUCCUGGCUGGUUCUACUGGGUCUGGUCUGCUACCUGGCUGCCUUCGCUCCAGGGAUGGGUCCAAUGCCGUGGACCAUCAACUCAGAGAUCUACCCUCUGUGGGCGAGGAGCACCGGGAACGCCUGCGCAGCCGGAGUCAACUGGACCUUCAACGUGCUGGUGUCUCUCACCUUCCUCCACCUGGCUCAGUACUUCACCUACUACGGAGCUUUCUUCCUCUACUCAAGCAUGGCUUUGCUGGGUUUCUUUUUCAUCUACGGCUGCCUGCCGGAGACCAAAGCCAGGCAUCUGGAGGAGAUCGAAGCGCUGUUCGAAAACCAGCUCUGUUCCUGCGGCGCCUCUGAUUCGGACGAGGGACGGCAGGUCGAAUACAUCCGAGUCAAAGGUUCAAACUACCAUCUAUCGGAUAACGACGCAUCUGACGUGGACUAGAGAGAGUUUUUUGUUACUGAAACAUGCAGUGUCAUGUGAUAUCUUUCUUUUCGUGUGUGUGUGUGUGUGUGUGUGUGUGUGUGUGUGUGUGUGUGUGUGUGUGUGAGCCGAGGAGCCACUGGUGACCCUCCCUAUGAGGUUCAUAAUCACAGUUUACUUGUAUCAUAAGUCACUUCCAAUUCAGGAAUCCAAAAUCAACAACAUGUCCAGGACAUGUCAGCCUAUUCUCUGAAUUUAGGGUGAACUGAUGCCAAAUCUGGAGUCAAACCUGCUUUAGGAGACAGCUGAAUCUUCAACCAUGUACCACAAAUAUCACAAAAAAUAUUACAAAAGGCUAAAACAAUGCCUUUGCCACACAUAAGAGAGACAGGAAACACACAAUGCAUGUACAAAAUACAAGGGGCAUUUCCUCUCUCAUGAGGUCCAGCGAGGCCCCAGGUCAGUAUCAGUAAUAUGUUCCUAAUAUUUUGUACAUUUGUUGACUAAAUGUAUUUUAUGAUUUAUUUACAAUGUUGUACUACAGUAU